AUGGUUUCUCAACUUUCUUUGACGUUUUUCUUGAUGGGGAUCAUGUGUGCAAGCGCACAGGAAUCAACAGUCAAAAAUUCAGGUUGCACUGAAAUGAUGGAUGAAGGGACUGGAUCAGAAAAGAUAUUGCAGUUCUACUACAUGGAGGACGUCGAUUUUUGCAACCCUUUCUUCUACAAAGGAGAGGGAGGCAAUGGCAACCGGUUCACCACCGAACAGCAAUGCCUGGGAAAUUGUUCAUUAAAGUAUCAUGAGCUCUAUCCAGAAGGAGAUGCAGUGUGCACUUUAAAGAGGGACCGAGGCAGUUGUUACGCCCGACUUGUCAUGUAUUACUAUGACACUGAGCAGAAUGUCUGCCGACUGUUUCUUUAUGGAGGCUGUCAGGGAAAUGGCAACCGUUUUGAGACUAAAGAAGCUUGUGAGAGCAUGUGUCAAGCAAGGUCUGGAAGGAUGUUAGGACAAGCUCCUAACCCUGAUGAGCAAACAGUGGAUGUGGGUUUGAUUGUAGGCAUUCUGGGUGGUGUUGUGUUUGCAGUGGCAGUCAGUGCUACUAUUGCGCUAUUUGUACUCCGAAGGAAAGCAAAACAUGCAGACAUGAAGAAAGUGCCCACAACUGAUAUUGAGAUGAGAUAAACAGACCGCUAGUUAAACAG